ACAAAGACAGAGCCACUGUCAUCCACAUACCCCACUUUUUUCACAUCACACUCUUGCUGGUAUUUUUUGUCUAGAUAUUCCUCUCACGCUCUCAUUUCUGACACUCCCAUUCCACUAUCUAUCUCUCUCUCUCUCUCACUCCCUCAGAACCAUUGAUACCUCUUCUAAGUUUUGAGUUCUAACCCAUCACUCUUCCUUCUUCUUCUUCAACAAUAAUGGCUGUUUUAGCUUUCCUGGUGCUCUUCUUGGCCAUGACAGACUUUUCAAGUGCUACAUGGUGUGUUUGCAAAGAUGGACUGAGUGACGCAGUGCUACAGAAGUCACUGGACUUUGCCUGUGGAGCUGGGGCUGAUUGUAAUCCUAUCCAUCAAGCUGGGUCCUGUUUUAAUCCCAACACUGUUAAGAACCAUUGCUCCUAUGCUGUUAACAGCUACUUCCAAAAAAAGGGCCAAGCUCAAGGCACCUGUGAUUUUGCUGGCACUGCUGCCAUUUCUACAUCUGACCCUAGCAGUACUGGUUGUCCAUACCCUUCUAGCGCCAGCACUGCAGGCACCAGUACAACUCCUGUGACCACAACUCCAUCCACCACCACACCCUCAACCACACCCUCAACCACAACUCCAUCUACCACAACUCCAUCUACCACUACACCCACAACCACCACGCCAACAACCACCACGCCAACAACCGCAUCUCCUUACACAACAACAACGCCUUCCAAUGGAGUGCUAGGAGGCAUUGGUACCGGCAUAGGUCCAUCAGGAGUUGGCAUCAAUACAGAUGACAGUCAUGGUGGGCUUAGACUUGCAGACACCACAUUCUUCUCUUUCUUCAUGACCAUCUUGUUUACAGGCUUGAUGUUUUGCUGGAGUUGAAGAGAAAAGGAGUGGCUGCCUAUGAUGGUGGAGGGGUAAGGUGGUCAGAGGUGAUGCUGCAUUUCAAUGUGCAUGUGAUUGGUUGUUGUUCUGAAGGUGUUCAUGUUAUCUUGCUAGGUUUUGUAUUUUUCUUCUCCCUCCUACUUUAAGUAAAAUUUGGGCUUAUGAUUCCUUUUGGUAGUUUUGUUGUGUUGCUGGUGGGACUAUGAGAGUUCUCUUUCACUCUCCUCCUUUUUUCCUCUUUUUGUACAUCUAGAUCUAGAAGAUUUAUUAGUAAUUAUUAAUUUUAUGAGAGUUGGGCAGCCCAUUUUCCUAGUUUA